AUGCGCAGCUUCCGAUACGUGUACGACGAGUGGCUGCACCGCCGCCCGCUACUGACCAAGAUGGCGACGUCCUCCGUGCUCUUCGGCCUCGGGGACCGUCUCUCGCAGCGCGUGGAGAAGAUUGGCAAGACCGAGGAAGAAAUGGCCGAGCUCGAAAAAGACAGCAUCGUCCAGGAAGGCCGUCUCCUAAGCGAGAGCACGGCCAAGACCGUCCGCAUGAUGCUCUGGGGCGGCCUCUUCUUGAGCCCGAUGAUGCACAACUGGUACAACCUCAUGGAGCGCGUCUUCGUCGGAACAGGCAAGCUCGUCGUGGCUAAAAAGGUGGCGGCCGACAUGGUCUUCAUCGCGCCGCAGAUGCCCAUUUGGUUCUUUACGACCACCGGCGUCAUGGCCGGCAAGCCGUUCCGACAGGCCCUGGACGACUCCAUCAAGAAGCAGCCGAUGAUGCUCAUGGCCAACUACAUGCUGUGGCCGGCGGCCAACUCCAUUACAUACGGGGUCAUGCCGCUGCAGUACCGACUCCUGUUUGCCAACUUUGUCAAUGUCGGCUGGGCCUCCGUCCUCUCCUACAUGGCCACCCACCCAGUCACAACUUUACCGUUCUUGCCGUCAUUUAAGCACCCAUUUCUCUCGGAAGACGACGAGGACGGAGCAGUCAAAGUGUAG